AUGUUCUCCAAGGUCGUCGCCAUCUCUGCUCUUGUCGCCGCCGUCGCGGCAGCGCCUUUGGAGGAGCGCGCAUCAUGCCCAAAAAUUCACGUCUUCGGCGCCCGUGAGACCACGGCCCCGGUUGGCUACGGCUCAUCUGCUGCCUUCGUGAACGCCAUUGUCUCUGCCUACCCAGGCACCACCUCCCAGGCCAUCACCUACCCGGCUGUUGGUGGCAACAGUUACGGGUCGUCUGUCCAGCAGGGUACCGCCAACGUCGGUGCCCAGGUCAACGCCUACUACCAGCAGUGCCCAAGCACGAAGCUGGUUCUCGUCGGCUACUCGCAGGGCUCCGAGAUCGAGGAUAACGCCCUUUGCGGUGGUGGUGAUCUGAACCAGGGUGUCAAGAGCACUGCGGCCACCAUCAGUGCCGCGGCUCGUGCCAACAUCAAGGCGGUCAUCUGGGCCGGAAACCCACGUAACUCUCCUUCGGAGAGCAGCUUCCAUGUUGGUAGCUGCACGGCUGGUGGUGCAAGUAUACUCCCGGAUUAA